AUGGCAGUCACGUUUGUAACAGGCAACAAGAAUAAAUUAGCUGAAGUUCAAGCAAUAUUAGCUGAUGUAUUACCGAAUUUGAAGUCAGAAAAUCUCGACUUGCCUGAGUAUCAAGGUGAACCUGAUGAAAUUUCUCGAGAAAAAGCUAAAACAGCUGCUCAAAAAGUCAAUGGUCCUGUUUUAAUCGAAGACACAUCGCUUUGUUUUAAUGCUUUACAUGGUCUUCCGGGACCGUAUAUAAAAUGGUUCUUGGAUAAAUUGGGGCAUGAUGGUUUGAAUAAAUUACUUGCUGGUUACGAAGAUAAAACAGCCUAUGCGCAAUGUGUAUUUGCGUUUUGUGCGGGACCCACAAGUGAACCGAUUGUGUUCGAUGGUCGAUGUCCAGGAAGAAUCGUGCCAGCACGUGGACCCAAUUCAUUUGGAUGGGAUCCAGUAUUUCAACCCGACAAUGAACAAGGACAACCAGGUGAAAAAACCUUUGCUGAAAUGGAUAAAACAGAAAAAAAUCGUAUAAGUCAUCGUAGUCGAUCACUUCAAUUGGUUAAAGAUCAUUUCGUUCGGCAUCCAGAAUAUCGUAAAUAA